AUGGCGCCAGAUCUCGACCUAGCGCGCGCGGCCACUCACCAGGACGGGGGGCAUAGGAACCCGCUCGAGGUUCAAGGGCCACCCGUGCGGGAGGUGCACGUCAGACCACGGCUGUGGAAUGCUGUGGUCCCAGGAGUGCUCCGCCAGUUUUGGCCUCCCCCACCCCACCCCACCCCAACACACCCCCAUCUUUCUCUCCCUCCCUCGCACGGAAGCUCCGCCGGCUCCCUGUCUCCUCUGCCGUCCUCUCUGGAUCCCCGGUUUCAUCUCCUCCGUGAUUCUGUCUCCGCCGCCGCACUCGGCCAGCCCGCGGCGCCGCCGCCCUCGCCCUCGCCCCAGCUCACGCCGCCGGCGCCGCCCUACACCCAGCCCGCGGCGCCGCCUCCCUCGCCCUCACCACAGCGUGCACAGCCACCGCGCUCCACCCAGCCGGCGGGAGAGGGGACAAGAUCUGCCGGCGCCCUGGCCUCCCCCGCCCCGCCGUCCUUCCCUGCCUCAUCUACUACGCCGCGGGAGAGGGGAGGAAGAGCCCCCUGCGCCCUGGCCUCCCCCGCUCCGCCGUCCUCCCCUGCCUCAUCUGCUACGCCGCGGGAGAGGGGAGGAAGAUCCCCCUGCGCCCCGGCCUCCUCCGCCGUCUGCCCCUUGCUCCCCCGCCCCGACGGCAUCCUUGGACCACGUCCUGGCGCGUCUGCACCACCGCACGUGAUGAUGGCGACUCAACAACCGGCCGGCUACGACCCUGCGCUGCUCCAGGCUCUCAACAACAUGUCGCUGCGUCCUCUGCGUCCAACAGUGGGGAAUGGUUCCUCGACAUCAGCGCGUCAUCGCACAUGUCCAACUCGUCCGAACAACAGCUGCAAUGGCAAGAAAACCAACCUUGCUGCAAUACAGAUACUAGAUGAUUGGCAGGAAACUAGUACACUUUUGGCUGCAUUAGAGAAGAUUGAAUCUUGGAUAUUUUCUCGGAUUGUCGAGACUGUGUGGUGGCAGGUACCAUGAAGAUUGAACAAUUAGCUGCUGGUAUAGCUAUGGAGUUGUUCUGUGAAUCAUAAAGUGCUUGCACAAUCAAGUUUUGUAUAGCUGGAGGCCUAACCAUUUGUUGCCGGUUUCCUGAUGUUGCUCCCGACCCCGUAGUGUAUAGUUCGGCUCAAGAACUGAUUCCACCGUAAAUUGCUAUUGUGCUUUAGCUUGCCAAAAGCGGAAACCCCAUAUUAUUCAUGAAUUCCAAGCUUGGGGCCAAGUGUUGAUGGCCUAAGCAUAUUGAUAUUUGUGAAUGGAAUUCUCUUAUAAGCACGCUAUACUUCUCUUAUAAUAUGUUUAUAAUACCGAACUUACAAUAUGUAUUGGUGGCCAUGCAAAGAUUUGAAUUCUACA